AUGAAAUUUCCAAAGCGUUCACAUGACAAUGGUGAUGCUGAAAAGUGGUUAUCCCAGACAGUUACACAAUUUAAACAAUAUGAAUUAUCAACAUCCGAUCAACUUCAAGCUUUACCAUAUUUAUUAGAAGAUAUAGCCUAUCUGUGGUAUGUAGAACAUAUGGACUUAAUCACCAGUUUUGCAUCAUUUAAUAAAUUAUUUCUUCAACAAUUUUCAUCUACAUCAUCAACAGUGCGAAGUAAUACUCCCACUGAAACGGUUAUGCCGUCAGUUGUUGCUUCUAGUUCUUUACUCACAUCACAUUUACAACGAACAAUCACCGCUGUUAUACAAGCUUUUGGAUCAACAAAAGUACAAGAAUUAGCCUUUGAACAAUUAAAAUGGUAUAAACAAUCAGUUAAUCAAUCUAUUACUCAAUAUUAUAAUACAAUUAUAGAAUUAUGUAUGAGAACUGAUCCGAAUAUGUCUGAUUCUAUGAAGUUAAAUUAUCUAAUAGGCGGUGUAAAAGAAUCUUUAAAAUUACAUAUUGCUUUAUAUGAUCCACAAACAAUUGAAUCAUUUUUAUCAUAUGCAAGAAAAAUAGAAGAUACAUUAUCUUUUAUUAAAAAUGAUUAUACAGUGAAUCAACAUAAUGAAUCACAAGAUAUUAAUACAUGUCAACAAUCAUUAUCACCAAUAGCUACUCUUCACGAACAAAUUGAACACGAUGGACGCGAACAUGUUCAACAUCCACAACAAAAAUUUUCUGAUAUAAAUGGUGAGAAUAAUUCAAGUCAUAAUCAUUCUUUUAAUUCUAGUCAGUCACGUUAUGCAACAUCAGAAAAAUCUUCAAUAACGGAAGCUACGCAAGAUGGUGUUGCUUCCUGUUAUAUUAGCUCAAAUCCAUCUUCAAAUGAAUCACCAUUAUUAGUUAUCACAACACUUAUUAAUGAUAAAUAUAUGAAAGCUAUGAUAGAUAUGGGUACAACUCACACAUUUAUUUCAAUGAAAACAUUAUUUAACAUACGUAAUCAGCAAUUUAUUAAUUCGAUGCAUCGUCAAGUAUUUGUUAUCCAUGGAAAUAUACCUUUUCCUAUUUAUGGUGAAAUGACCUUAUCGAUUAAAAUGGGUAUGGAUUUUAUUAAUAAAUAUAAAUUACAUAUUAAUCUGGAAGAACAAACAAUGUCGAUUGUUGAUAAGAUUAAACAAACAAAAUUACAUAUUGAUGUUAAUGAUGGGCAACUCCGCGUACCAGUGCGUUUGAUUAACAAUAUUCGGAUUAAACCAAAACAGACUGUUUCUGUUCCAGUUUUUGUUCCAUUAUCAUCAUAUAGAGCGCUAUUUCGACCAUCAUUUAAUUUACAACAGCACACACCUUUAGUAAUAUCAAGCUCAUUAAUAUCUGUUAAUGAUUAUACUUCUUUUAUCUAUCUUUAUAAUCCGAAAAGUUAUUCGCAAACGUUAUCAAAAGGAAUUAUUUUGGGAACAACAACCAUUUCUACUUUAAUAUUGAAGAAUAUUUCUACCAUUAACAAACAACCAAUCUAUAAAAAUCCAAACAAUUCAUCUCAUCCAAACUCGAAAGUAAUAUUAGGCAAAAUUAACCAAACUUAUUUGAAACGUAAUAUGCAACCGCUGACUACGGCGUCUGUUGCCGAAAAAAUUUGUAACCAAAUCGGUUCUAUUUUUAUAUGUCCAAGAAACAAACCAACUAUACACAAACGACAACCAGAUCAGUUUGAUAUAAAUCAAUUAAAAAUUGAACAAUCUAAAGAUCCACAUAUUCAACAAAAAAUUAAAGAACUAAAACAGACUCCAAACGAGCAUCUCUAUGUAUUACAAGAUGGAGUGUUAUAUAAAUUAAUGUUAAUUAAGGCCAAUUGUUUAACUAAAGUUAAAUUAAUUUAUUCACCAUCUUCCAUGAUUGAUUCGUUUAUUAAAGUUUAUCAUACUGAUCCUAUUGCAGAUUACUCCAGCAUACAACGUAUAUAUUUGAAAUUAAAAAACAAGUUCUGGUGGCCAAAUAUGAAACAAUCUAUUAUCCAAUAUAUAAACACUUGCUUACAUUGUCAUGAAAAUAGCAAUAGCUAUAUUAAAAAACCCGAUCAAGUAUAUACAGAAUCGAUUAUUAGCAAACAAAAUUCUACUCAAUUAGUACGAAAUGAAACAACACCAUUAAUUAAUCUUCAACAUGUUAAUGAUAUCCGAUCAAGAUUUAUAAAAUCAAAAUAA